AUGCAUCCAUUCAUGCGCUCUCAUCGUCUCUCGUCAUCCCCGUGGCUCCCCGCUGCUCAUUCUCACCCUCAACUCAACCCCCUCCCAUCCCCCUCCCAUCCCCCUCCCAUCCCCCUCCCAUCCCCCGCCUAUCCCCCUCUCCCGCGCGUCUGCAGCGCGCCCCGCCCCUCGCCUCGCGCGCACACUCUUGACGCACCUGCCCUCCGCUCCUCCCUCCCCCUCUGCCCGCAACUAGCUCCGCCCCCGCCCCACACCCACAACCACCAACACACUCACACUCACACUCACACCCACACCCACACCCACACCCACACCCACACCCACACCCACACCCACACCCUCACCCACACCCUCACGCACUCCCACCGGAUCCUCCACAUCCCCGCUUCCUGCCAAUCUCUCUGCCUAUCACAUUCACUGCAAUCACCAUCAACACAAUCACGAGCGGUACAGUCACUCCCUGCAGCCCUCACCCUCCCACUGUCACACGCGCCCCUGUGUUCUGAGAAGCUUCUUCCAUGCGACCCCCCAUGCCCACACACACAUGCCUCCCCGCCCUGCCCUCCCCCUCUCCCUCACCACCUCCGCCUCCCAUCUCCUGCUGGCCGCAAUGAGGUGCUGCCACGUGUCAGUUUAUCGUUGGCAGGGAGUGGAGUGGAGUGGGGUGGAUGUGGGAGGAACACUAGAGGAGGAGGAGGAGGGGGAGGAGGAGGGAGGGGGGUUUGGGGGAGAGGAUGGGGGGAGGAAAUGAAGAGGUGCGCGGGGAGAGGUGCAGUGGCAGCAAGAGGAGGAGGCGGAGGAGGGGGGAGAGGAGAGGUUGGAGGAGGAGGAAAAUUGGCCUGGGCGUGGAUCAAGGCAAGGCGGUUUCAUGGCUGUAGUGCCGCAAUGGGGGAGAGUGUAGUAGCGAGGAAGGAGGGGGAGGUGGAGAGGAGGGAUGGGGAGGUGGGGAGGAGGGAGGCCGAGGUGGAGAGCAGAGAGGUGGGGGAGGAGAUAACGGAAGGGAGCAGAGAGGACGGAGGGGGCACAUGGAGAAUGGGAAGGAUGGGAGGAAUGGGCGGUGGCAGUGAUAUGCGGAAGGGCUUAGACGGGGAAGGCCAGGGGCAGGCGGGGUGGGAGGGGUUUACGGAGGUGGAGAAAGAUGUUGUGGAGGAGGAGGAGAGCACAGGGUACAAUGCAGCAGAGGCUCUAGAGAGCAUGUGGUCAGUGGUGCAGCAUGUGCCUGAAGGCGGCGCGCGUGUGCUGCCCUCCGUGCUCUCCUGGCACGCCCACCAUGCGGACGGGCACGGCCGGCCGCUGUCCAAGGAAUUGCUGCUGGCUUUGAUUGGACGGCUCAAGGAGCGGCUUCGGCUUGUGCAUGCGUUUGAGGUGGCAGAGCAUGUGGUGCGCAGUCCGCACUACUGGCUGGGCAAGCACGACUGGCGGCUGCUGCUGGACGUGUGCGUGCGGGCAGGCCGCGUCACCCGGGCAGAAGAAAUGUUCGCGCUGCUGCCCAGAGACCUGCAAACGGAGGAGGUGUACAUGGGCAUUCUGCACAACUACGCGCGGCGGGGCCUGGUGCAGCGGGUGGAAUCACGCAUGGUGAUGCUGCGCGUCCUGGGCGUGCAGGAGAGCGCGCUGGGGUUUGAGGCGCGCAUGCUGGCGUACGGCGUUAGAGGCUUGGCGGGGGACGUCGAGCGCGUUGCACGCGAGAUGGCAAGCAAGGGCAUCCCCCUCACGCCAACGGCCUACGAGUAUCUCAUGCAGGCCUACGCGCGGCGCCGCCACCUCCCAUCCAUCCGCGCCCUCCUGCACCGCCUCGCCCACUCGCCCCUCCCGCCCUCCCUCCCCACGCUCACCGCCGCCGCCUGGGCGUUCUUCUCCCAGGGGCGAGUGGGGGAGGCGCAGGGGGUGGUGCGGGAGAUGCGCGCGCUGCAGGCGGGGAGGGGGGAGGGGAUGCCGGUGCCGGUGCUGGUGGGGCUAGCGUGGGCGUAUGCGCGGAUAGGGGAUGUGCGGCGGGUGGAAGAGGUGGUUACAGAGCUGGAAGGAACCAAGGAGCAGGAGCUCAGGAUACUGCAAAUGGCUCGAAUCUACUGCUAUGCUGUGGCUGGCCGAGUGGAAGACGCUGAGAAGGCCUUCGCAGCCAUGCAGCAAGCAGGCCACGCACCCACAACAGCAGCCUACAACUGCCUACUCCUCGCAUACACACACUCCCACCGCAUGCACGACGCCCUCUCCCUCCUCUCCACCAUGCGCGCCUCCCACAUGCUCCCUGACGCCGCCACCUACCACCACCUCAUAACCGGAGCGCUCUAUAACGAGGAUACAGACAGUGCUGUGAGUCUGCUGCUGCAGGCAGCAGCAGCGGCGGCAGCAGGGCAUCCAUGGUCCUGGAAGAGAGGAAGUGCAGGCCCCCGGGUUGAUGGUGCAAACCCCGUGGUGGAUGCCCUAGGGGAGGACUGCGGGAGUGAGUGGGGCGUGAGGGAAUGGGGCGUUGUGGGUGCGCAGAGUGGGGUAGGGAGUGGUGAGUGGGUGCGUGGCGCGCGGGUGGUGGGUGGGCGGAAAGGUGAGAGGAGAAGGCGGAGGUUGCAGGUGAGGGUGGGGGUGUUUCUUGCAGUGGUGGAGAGAUUAGCAGAGGCAGGGGAGAUGGAGAGGGUGGAGAGGGUGGUGAGUGAGGUGGGCAAAGGAAUGUAUGCGAUGGAUGCUGGGAUGUACAAUCUGGUUCUGCAGGCUGUGUUGCGUGGAGCCGGGCGGGGUAAAAGGGGGAAGGGAGUGGGGGCGGUGGAGCAUGGAGCGCACAUGGUGGAGGGAGGAGAGAAGGAGAAGGGGAGUGAAGUGGUGGGUGAGUGCUCGAAGCGAGAUGGAGAUGAUGGGGAUGAUUUCAGUGGUGGAAGUGGUGUGAUGGAGGAUGUUGGGGUGGAGGAGCAAGGGCAGGAGCGGCGGGUGGAGGAGGGGGUGCGGCGAGUGUUGAGGUUGUUGCGCGCCUCGAGAAUACGGCCAAACGUGCAAACACGAGUUGUUUUGGCAGUGAGAGGGGAUCUUUCGCUGCUAGUACUAAUCUGCCUGCCGUUUCUUCCACCUCCAACCAGCCCUGGUGGUGAUACUGUAGCGCCGCGAAGCACCCUUCUCUCAUGCCCCCCUCCCCCUCUCUGCGCCACCUCCGCCGCCGCCCCAACCUCUGACAGCAAUCGCCAUAGCGGUGUUUUUGCGGCCGGCAAUGGCGCUGCUACCGCCGCUGGUGGCGGUGGCGGCGGCGCUGGCUACUUGCCGGACGACUCGCGGGCGGCGGGCGCGGGGGCCUCAUUGAAGGAGAGGCGCUUGGAUGGCGCGGAACAGGAUGCGGGGGAGCUCGCGCAGCAGCAUGAUCAGCAGAGCCCCGACGCGCUCGUCAGCCCGUCACUCUCCCCCUCGCUGACGCUGUCCAAAAGUACUUCUUCCUCCGCCUCCUCCUUCUCCUCCACCUCCCUCUCCUCCUCCUCCUCCCUCUCCGGCCCUAUCGUUUCCGCCAAUCCCGCCGCUUCCGCGCGCGCGCUCGCCGCUCUCCCAGUCCCGCCUUUUGGCGGAGUCCCUGUCCCACUACCCGCGCCGUCCCCCGCCCGCCCCGCUUCCCCCCUGCGCUCGCCCUCCCCCUCGCGUUCGUUCCGCAGUGGCGGACUGGCACGGAUGGGGUCGGGGCGAUUUCCAGGCGUGCAGAUCGGUGCUGCUGGUGCGCCGGGGUCUGCAGCUUCCCCCCGACCCAACAGCGGCAGCGGCGGCGGUGGCAUGGGCGGCAACACGGCGGACGGAAACCGCCGCCAAACCGCAGUGCCAGCAGCGCCAGCGGCGGGAACGACCGCGCCAGCGGCGGCGGCGGCGGGAACCGCGAGCGACCCAAGCCCCGCAGCGGACCUCUCAUUGGACCACGUGCUCGUUCCCGCCAGCUCGCACCGCAACCUGCCAGUCCUGGACCGCCAGCUGGCGGGCUCCGGGCGGCUCAACUCCUUCUCCCUCGCCCAGUUGCACGGCGCCACGUGUCAGUUCGCGCUGGAAGGGCUGCUCGGCUCGGGCGGGUUCGGGAGCGUGUUUAAAGGGACCAUGUGGGACGGGCGGAGCGGGCGCAAGGUGGAAGUUGCCGUGAAGGUUCUCAACACGGCGGGGCAGCAGGGCGACCGCGAGUGGCAGGCGGAAGUGCAGGUAUUGGCGCGCCUGCACAACCCGUGUCUCGUCCCCCUGCUGGGGGUGUGCGCGGAGGGGGAACAGCGCCUGCUCGUCUACCCCUUCCUCCCCGGAGGCUCCCUCGAGCGCCGCCUCUUCCCCGCGCUCUUCCUCCCCCCGUCCUCCGCGCCCCCGCCCACGCUCCCCGCGGGGCUCUCGCUCCCCCUGGGCGCUGCGGCCGGCGGAGGGUUCCCGGGGGGCGUACCCAGAGCAUCGUCUGGUGGGGGAGGGGGAGGGGGAGGCGCGGACGUGAAGGGGAUGAAACGCCCUGGCAGCAGCAGCGGCAGCGGCAGUGGCAGGCGACCCAGCAGCAGCGGCGGCAGCAGCAGCAGCAGCAGGGGGGGGUUGGCGGGGGGAGAGGAGCAGCGGCCGCUGCAGUGGCUGCACCGCAUCCGCAUUGCCAUAGCUGCGGCCAAGGGACUCAAGUUCCUGCACGAGGAGAUUGACAAACCGAUCAUCUACCGGGACUUCAAGACGUCCAACAUCCUGCUGGACCGCCAUGGCGACGCACAACUCUCUGACUUUGGCCUUGCACGCCUGGGCCCGCAGGGGGAGCUCUCGCACGUCACCACUCGGGUGGUGGGCACAGUAGGGUACGCAGCACCGGAGUACGUGCUAACAGGCCAUCUGUCCAUCCGAAGCGACGUGUGGGGCUUCGGAGUCGUGCUGCUGGAGCUGCUCACAGGCCGCCCUGCUCUCGAUAAGACCCGGCCCAAGCCCGAGCAGUCUCUAGUGGACUGGGCGGCGCCGUUCCUCUCUUCUCCCUGCAAGCUAUACCGCAUAAUGGAUCCCGCUCUAGCGGGGAUGUACAGCGUGCGCGGCGCGCAGCUCACAGCAGCCGUGGGGCGCCAGUGCCUCAGCGCCAAGCCAAAGCUCCGCCCGCUCAUGUCCCACGUGCUCGCGUCUCUCCUGCCUGUAUUAGACCUGCAUGAUAUGGCGGGUUUCACGCUUGAUCAGCCGAUCGGGGGUGGUGGGGGAGGGGGGAGGGAGGAGAGAGAGGCGGGGGAUGGGGUGGGAGGGAGGGGUGGCGGGGGUGGUAGCAGUGGGGGAUGGGUGGGCGGGGGAGUGGGGAGGGCUGGUGGGAGUGGCAGUUGCAUGGGGUUUGGGAGCCGGGGAGGGUUGAGACCAGGGAGUGCAGGAGGGGGAGGGGGAGGAGGCGGAGGAGGAGGAGGAGGAGGCACAGGAGGGAGGUUGGUUCCGGGUGUGGGGUUGGGACUGCUGGGAAGCAGCAGGAGUGUGGUGGUGGGAGGGCGGUUGGGAGCGGGAGGGGGUUCAUCCGGCACCGUGUUAGUGGGGAGGGGAGAGGGCGCGGGGGAGGGAGGCAGCAGCAGCAUCAACGGCAGCAGCAGCAGGGGAGGAGGAGGAGGAGGAGGAGGAGGGGGGGUUGGGGGGAUGAGGAUAGGGCUGGUCGCCUCAGGAGAGGGGGCACUCGCUCGGAGUGUGUCGGUUGGUGCGGGGGUGAGGGGUGGAGCGAGGGGGAUAGUGAGGAGUGCUAGUGGCAAGGAUGGGAAGCUGGGAAAGCAGGGGAAGGAGGAGGAGGGGAAAGAGGCGGGUGGGCCGUCAGUGAGAGAGGUGGCUGUGGUGGGGUGUACAGCUGGGGAGGGGAGAGGAGGCAGCGACAAACGAAUUGCUGCAGAGGAGGAGGAGGAGGAGGAGGAGGAGGAGGAGGAGGAGGAGGAGGAGGAGGAGGAGGAGGAGGAGGAGGAGGAGGAGGAGGAGGAGCAGGAGGAGGAGGAGAAGGGCACUGGAUAUAAAGUCGCACGAAGGCAGCAAUGCACAUAG